GCUUCGGUCAUAUGACCUUCAGACGCGUGUCAUGGCUGCGGUUGGUUAUGCUUGCGGCUUCUCUGCGAUGUUUCGCUGUGCCGUGUUGUUGACUGCGCUCCUGUCGCGCGCCCAGGCUGAGGUCGUCUCCGUGGUUUUGGAUCGACAGACGGACAAGCUGAUCGUGAAGGCGGGCUUCGACCCCCAGUUUGUAGCGUGGGCCAACUUCACGGAUGAUAUUCAGCGGAGCGGGUGGGCAUACCUGGAAGUGACCACCAGUGGGUGCUACAAUGACAGUCUUCAGGCUUACGCAGCAGGAGCCGCGGAGGCAUCGCUCACAAAACAGCUCCUCUACAUGCACUGGAUGAACACUAUUGUGGGAUACUGUGGCCCAGUGCAACACGACAUGGGCUACUGCCAGAGGCUGAAGGACUACAUCAUCCGAAACCUGAAGUGGAUGGAGACCAAGAUGGACAGCGGAGAGGAUCCCGAGUACUGGCACCAAGUCCGCCUCAUCUUGCUCCAGCUCCGGGGCCUCGAGGACAGCUACAACGACGAGAUUGCUUUUCCUGUUUCUUUGUUCUCCAUCAACCCAUUUGGCUUCCUACUUUUCCAGCUGGGUGGAGAUUUGGAGGAUUUGGAGCCUGCCCUCAACAAGACGAACCACCGUCAAACACUCGGGUCAGGGUCAUGCUCGGCCCUCAUCAAGCUUUUACCUGGCAACAAAGAUCUCCUGGUUUCCCACGACACCUGGAGCACUUACCAAUCUAUGCUACGGAUCAUUAAAAAAUACACCUUUGCAUUUCACGUCUCACCAGAAGCUGAUUCAGUGAUCCCUGGCAAUGUGCAAGCCUUCUCCUCCUACCCAGGUUCCAUUUUUUCAGGAGAUGACUUCUAUAUUCUAAGCACUAAGAUGGUUGCAAUGGAGACAACAAUUGGGAACAGCAAUGCAUCUCUGUGGAAGUUUGUCACACCAGAGAACACGGUGAUGGAGUGGAUGAGGAAUAUCAUUGCUAAUCGGUUAGCUAAAUCGGGAAAGGAAUGGGCAAACAUUUUUAGUAAAUUUAACAGUGGCACGUACAAUAACCAGUGGAUGAUUAUUGAUUACAAUUAUUUUACUCCUGGCAAAAUGGACAUUAAAGAAAACUUGUUCAUCAUCCUGGACCAGAUACCGGGCCUCGUUAUGUACGCAGAUAAAACUGAAGAGCUGCUCCAGAGAGGAUACUGGGCGAGCUAUAACAUUCCCUAUUUUGAACAGACCUUCAAUCUGAGUGGUGGUGUGGAACUCGUUCAGAAGUACGGAGACUGGUUCUCCUAUGACAUGAACCCUCGAGCACAGAUAUUCAAGAGGAACCAGAGCCUGGUCACCGACAUGGAGUCCAUGAUCCGCCUAAUGAGGUAUAACAACUUCCAGAAUGACCCCCUUUCUAAGUGUGAAGGUUGCAAGCCCCCCUUUAAUGGGGAGAAUGCCAUCUCCGCCCGCUCUGAUCUCAAUCCUGCAAAUGGCACUUAUCCUUUUGGUGCUCUUAAGCAAAGACCUCAUGGCGGCACAGAUAUGAAGGUAACCUCGUUCACACUCUAUCAGAACUAUGAGCUAAUCGCCAUCAGUGGGCCAACGUGGGACCAGGUGCCUGUCUUCCAGUGGAGUCGGUCCUCCUACAGUGACCUGCUGCAUAUGGGUCAACCUGACCGCUGGGGUUUUCCUCCAGUGAGGGUCAGUUGGGGGUGAAUGUUGACCUCCAAAUGCUCCUUUGUCUGGUACUGAAUGCUCUACUGUUACUCUUAGCAUAUGGAAUGGGAAGCGGUUCAACUUCUAACACUUCUACUGAUUGCUUGUGAAAUCAAAGGAAUGGGCAAGCUUCUUUAACAGAAUGCAAUAAUUUUAAAUUGUUUUAGAUUAGGGGGGGAAAAAAUAAUCAAAAAAAUUCUAGAAUUUUCUUUCUAGCAGAGCAGACAAACUGUUUGUGUUCUGUAGCACCGGCUGCAUGCUGUGAACCGAGAGUUCAACGAAUGCUGCUGAUCAGUCAGUCCCUUUGAGGUGAGUCUGCGUGACUGUUGACCCCUACUUAGGCUAGUGAUUUCUACGAGAUCACUUUAAUUGUUUUAUGAGGUUUAGGUGACAUUGGUCACCAGGGAAGCAAGAAAGGACAACUCUGAGGCAGUGGAUGACCAGUCACACCAUUUCAAAUCCACCAUCCUUGUUUUAUGAAGCAGCCCACAUUUACAAAUGUGGUCCUCGUCAGG